UAGCUGAGUGAGAAUGGUUUCACCGCGUGUUUAAUCUGAACCAAUCAGAAGCGAUCUCGCCCCUGCCAGUCUCUUUAUAAAGCCGCUGUUCGCUAUCGAGUCUCAUGUCUUCAGUUAGAAACGUGAAGAAAGCUAUUUAGCUGCAAUGGCCAGAACCAAGCAGACCGCUCGUAAAUCCACCGGAGGAAAGGCUCCCAGGAAGCAGCUGGCUACCAAGGCUGCCCGUAAGAGCGCCCCGGCUACCGGCGGAGUGAAGAAGCCUCACCGCUACAGGCCCGGUACCGUGGCUCUGAGAGAGAUCCGCCGCUACCAGAAGUCUACGGAGCUGCUGAUCCGCAAGCUGCCCUUCCAGCGCCUGGUGAGGGAGAUCGCUCAGGACUUCAAGACGGACCUGCGCUUCCAGAGCUCUGCCGUGAUGGCUCUGCAGGAGGCCAGCGAGGCCUACCUGGUGGGUCUGUUCGAGGACACCAACCUGUGCGCCAUCCACGCCAAGAGGGUAACCAUCAUGCCUAAAGAUAUCCAGCUGGCCCGCCGCAUCCGCGGAGAGAGGGCUUAGAUUGACCCCAGUACAAACACCCCAACGGCUCUUUUAAGAGCCACA